GCGUGACUGAAACCAGUAUUGUGUUGCCGCUCAGUCAACUCGACGGUUGGGCGCUACCUCUCUCUAACAAGUGUAGUCCCUGUCUCACCAUGGACGGACAUAUACGUCUUCUUUUGGCAGUGGGGAUUUCGAUUUUCGCUACGAGUCGCGGCCAGACUACCCAGAAAAUAGGCAACUUGACGCUCGUCUGUCCUCCAGGGUGGACUUUUUAUGGAACCAGCUGUUAUCUCAAAGUAUCAAAGGCGAUGGAAUGGGAGGAUGCCAAGGAACUGUGUAUGAGAGAACAGGGAAUGCCUUUGGACAUACAAGAUGAAGUCGAGAACGAGGCUUUGGCCGACAUGGCAGGCUCAUGGAAUAUGUUUUGGGUUGGAGACAAAAUUAAAGAUCCCUGUGAGGGCUACUGGGACGUUAACGAGCCCCCAGCCAGUGUCAAGGCAGGAGAUUGUGCAGCUGUACAGAAGAACGGUCGCUGGAAGGUUGUCCCAUGUCAGAGUCGUCUUCCUUUCUUUUGCAAGAAUCCAUCAUGUAUAGAAGGUUCUUCCGACUGUGGACGUGGCAGCUGCCUGAACAACAAGUGGAAGUGUGACGGCAUCAACGACUGCGACAACAACAGGGACGAGAUGGACUGCAGUUCAAGAUGCACAUUUACAAAGACCGGCGCAAGUGGCAGCAUCAACUAUUUCAGCGGCUACGCCAACAACGCCGACUGCAUGUGGACCAUCAUCUCACCCCCUGGAACACAGCUAGGUGUCACGUUCAGCUCUGUGCGCCUGGAAGACAAGGUGGAUUUGCUGGAAGUGAGGGUUGGAGGCCAGACGAUUCAGGAUACCCGAGUGUUGGAGACACUGACAGGCAGUCUGGACAACAAGGUCAUCUACAGCACCAACAACAUGAUGCUGCUGCGUCUUACAUCUGACUCUUCUGUUACAAACUUUGGUUUCGACCUCACCUGGUCCUCGUCAACCAGUGACCUCCCUACGGACGUCCGCCCUAUCACAGCUGGGUCAUCGUGGACAGACUUGACGUCCCCAUUCUUCCCCAGCACCCCGCCCAGCGGCUUCCGACUGGAGUGGUUGGUGUCCAGCUCAGACAAUACAAUUGUCACUCUCAUGGUGGAGGAAGUUGACCUCGCCCCUGACUGGAUGUUGAUGGUGUACAAUGGUGAAGGGUAUGACGAUACUCUGCUGAUGGCCUCCAGGCGUGCGGAUCUCUCUUCACCAGCCAUCUAUUUCUCCACCGCCAGUAAAAUACGGAUUAUCCUGAAAGGGAAAGACACAUCUGGCGGAGGACGUGGCAUCAAACUAAGGGUUAAGAAUGGAUGCAGCGUUGAGAUACAAGCAGCUAGUGGCACAGUGUCCUCACCUGGAUUCAGCAAGAAGAGGUAUCCGACCUCAGUGACCUGUUCCUGGAAGAUUCAGGCCCCGAGUGAUGCAAACAGGAACCUGAUGGUCAAAUUCCUCUACCUUGUUCUGGAGACCGUUGGCAAGGAUCUAAUCGAGAUAUACAAUGGUUCAGACGCCUCGGCUGGAGUCCUCCAUAUGGGCAGCGGGUACACAGGGGAUCUAACGUCAUCCCUUCCCAGCGUCAACGGAGGCAACACUCUCUAUGUCAGGUUCAAGUCUAGCCUCAUUCAGGACAUGGGAGGAUUCCAGUUUGAGUUCUCUAUAGACUGCCCUUCUAUUCCUGACUCCACAAACAUGGCGAAAUCAUCUCCCGCCACAGCCUUCCUCAGCUCUGUGACUGUCAGCUGCACAACUGGAUACUCGUUCGAACAGGAGGAAUAUUAUCAAAAAGAUACUGUUUCUUUCGUAUGUGAGAAAGGAGGAAAAUGGGACAAACCAAGAUACCCCACCUGUCAGGUGGUAUACUGUGGGGCGCCGGAUGCCAUUGAGUUUGGUUUCGUGAAGAACUACAGUGGAGCUGUUACCUAUAACAAUAAAGCUGUCUAUGAAUGCUACAAUGGAUUCACUAUGAAAGGGGCACCGGAAGUGACGUGUAGUACAUCCGGAAAGUGGAUGACGCUACCCACGUGUGAAUCUGCCAAGUGUGGUUCAGCUCCUCUUGUGACGGACGCUACAUCUAAAAUCAUCACCAGCACAGAAGCAACCUCCUACGGGGCAAUCGUGGAAUACACGUGCAGGGCCGGCUAUGAGAUUAAAGGAUCAUCCCGCAGACUCUGCAACACCACCAACACGUGGACCAAUACCGCCCCCACUUGUGAGAGGAUAAAAUGUCCUCUCCCACAAGUCCCAAUGGCCUCGCUGAACGUGGACAAGCCAGCAGAUUUCGAGGACAAGGUGACCUUGACGUGUUCCGACGGCUACUGGGCCUCCACAACAAACACAACAACCGCCCUUCUUACCUGUAACGCGGACGGCGCGUUUGAUGCUGUCACAUGUGUUGAUAUAGACGAGUGUGCAGAUGGGUCCCCGUGCCUAUCUACACAGAAGUGUGUGAACACGAUGGGCUCCCACAAUUGUAUAUGCAGACCCGGCUACACGCCUGGAACUACCCUACAGUGUGAAGAUAUCAACGAGUGCAGUGACGGUAACGGCGGCUGCCAACACAACUGUCAGAACACUCCCUCGGGAUCCUACACCUGUACCUGCAACCCCGGAUUCAAACUGUUUCAAAAUGGAACCAACUCGGUGUACAUCGUGGAGGGCGAAACAGGCCUCAUGCGACAAGACGUGUACCGUGUUGGCCACUCCUGUGUCCGGAACACAUGCCCUCGACCAAGUGAUAUCAGCAACGGUGUCAUACACACUUUGAAGCAGACCUUCUUCUACGAGGAUGAGAUCAUGUACAGCUGCAAGCUGGGGUUCUCCUUGGGCGGCAAUGAGAAGAGGACAUGUCAAGCAUCUGGCACCUGGUCUGGAUCUGAUCCUACUUGCAAUGCUAUCACAUGUUCAGCUCAGACAAGACAGGGAACUGAUGUCCAGAAGGAGAGGGUUGUUCGCAUUAUCCCUGCAACUCCAGUUGCGUUCAAGGAGAAGGUGGUUGUAGAGUGUAGAAAGGAGGAUGACUCCACCUUCAACAAGACCCUCUACUGUGCUUAUGACAGCAAGACGAAGAACUACGCCUUACAAGGCGACUCACCAAUCUGCCCAGUUGUUGACUGUGGACCUGUGGAAGACAUCGCUGGAUUUCAGAAACCAGACCUUGCUACGAUAGGGUCAACGUUCGGGAAAUCCUUUGCGUUCAGCUGCAGUACAGGGGCGACAGCAUCAGGAGUAUCGACUGACAAUACCAACACUGUGAGGUGUCUGCAGAAUGGUCGGUGGGGCUUUGGUAAUCUCACCUGCAUAGCUGCAAAGUGCCCGGAUCCAGGCACCCCCGGGGGAUCGGAGCAGAUGUUUGACAGCUACGAGCAGGGGAAGGUUCUGGCUUACAGAUGCACAAGACCUGGAUUCACACCUGUUCCUGCUGACAACCGCACAUGUGUCUACUCAGCCCCCACCAGCUCGGCAUCCUGGACUGGAAGUGUUCCUGUUUGUGAAGAUACAAGUCCCCCGGUGUUUACCAACUGUGACGGUGACAGGAACAUUACCAUAUACAAGAUGCAGGCACCAAGCAUCACAAUCCCCUCAGUUCAAGACAACUCAGGCUUUCUGAGCAUGAAAGGUUUCACCAACCCCACCGGGUUCAAUCCUGCAGACCCAGUGUGGAAGAACACGGAUGUCACAUAUCAAGCUACCGAUGGUGCUGGCAGGAGUUCCCAGUGCCAGUUCAAGAUCAGUGUCAGAGAAAGAGGUUCCACCACUCUGGACUGUCCUAAUGUGACAUACAAAGUGACAUCAACGACAUCUACUACUUACAACAUCACCGGCAGCAUCAACCACUCUGGCGGAACACUGAUCCCCGUCCCUGCAAUCACCGCCAGUUUGUCCAAUGUGGGGACAUUCCAUGAUUACAGAGUGACGCUACGAACCGACCAGGGAUUUGAAGAAACAUGUGCCUUCCAAGUUCUAAUCAAAGCUGGAAAAUGUUUCAAUGAACUCACGAACACUCCACAGAACGCCGACAUUACUCGCUCCAACAACAGCGACAGCAGCAUCCUCUCCUCCGUCGUCACCUGCAACAGUGGAUAUGCGUUUGCUGACGGCUCCACAAGUCGGACAUACAACUGUUCGGGGGAAAAUGUCUGGUCACCAUCCCUCCCCCUAGAGGACUGUUUACCUUCCACAUCUACUGAGUACACAUACAAAGUCAGCCUAGAUCUGAAUUCCAAGGACCAGCUGCCCGCCAACAGCGCAUGCCGUGACAACCUAAGACAGUUUUAUAACGAUGUGAUAUCCCCUGCAUCAGCCGACAUCAACAGGCAGUGUCAGAUUCAGGGACAGCUAGGCGCGUUUUACCGCUUCACUGUCGCCGAGGCCAUCUUUGUUGGUGCUGUCAGUCUCUUUGAUCACAAGGUGGAACUGACACUUCAACUGGAGAAUAACGAUGGCCGGAACGCAGCCCUGGAACUUUGCGCGGGCAACAUCAACCUGCAGAAGAAGGUGUUGUUUGGACUGGUAGCCGGAGGAUGUAACUUCACUGUGCAGGACAGUUCCACAGGCGUUAAUCUCACUCAGUCCGGACAAUCGUGCAGUGUGGGAUACCAGCUGAGGGACGUCGGGGGAAACAAGAAGUGUUUACCAUGCCCCCACGGAUACUCGUCCUCUCCCAGUGAAGGUUGUGUUGAAUGCCCUGACGGUCAGUAUCAGGACCAGUCCGGACAACCCUCUUGUAAGAACUGUGGAGACAACAUGUACUCAUUGACCCCGCGGUCCAGCAGAGCAAGAUGUGUCAGUAAGUGCCGUCCUGGGUUCCAAUCUGUAACAGGGCGACCCGAAUGCACUAAAUGCCUUAAAAAUUAUUACUGGGUGAACGCGUCUUACUGCGAAAGGUGUCCAGAUGAUGGCUCCACACUCUAUCAAGAGGGCUCCACUAGCAUAUCAGAAUGCAAAGCACCAUGUCCUAUUGGUCAGUAUUCAGUGACCGGCUACUUCCCAUGUACCCCGUGUCCCCUCCAUUUCUACCAAGACUCCAAGGCACAGGACCACUGCAAGGAGUGCAACACAGACCAGAUCACAGAACAAACAGGCUCAACGAAACUUGGUGACUGCAAACCCGGAAACACAACAAUAUGUCCCAAUGCUUGCUCAAAUGAAGGCACGUCAACGUGUUCCUACAUCUACCAUAGACUCGUCUGUACCUGUAAAACAGGCUAUACCGGGGACAGGUGCGAGUCUGAGAUCGACUACUGCAGAUCUAACCCCUGUCUGAAUGGUGCCACAUGCAAACCCAAGCUUGGGGGAUUCGACUGUGAAUGUAUCGCUGCCACGGUGUGUCAAAUGGUGAAGAACGCAGUAAAUUACAAUCCUGGUAUUGUCAACAUCAGAAGCGUGUCCGGCAUUAAUGUUGCUGCCUGCAGUGCUGAAUGCAUUAGUACCUCGGCCUGUGUCGCUACUGGGUUCUUCACGAACAACAACUUAUGUGUCUUACUCAAUGAAGAACAAGCUGGAACGAAAAGUACAACGGGCGCAACUCAGGCAUACUAUGAGAAAAAGUGUGCAAACACGCCAUACUACAGUGGCAAGUACUGCCAGACAGACCUGAGGGAUGACUGUACCACCAACGACUGCCGCGACUACAGCGUGUGCCGGGAUCUCCUUGGUGGAUAUAAGUGCGUGUGUCCCUCUGGUGGUCAGUACACACAACCCAGAUGUGAUCGAGACAGCAAUUUGUGCAGUCCUCAGCCCUGUCGGAACGGCGGCACCUGUAACUCCUGGGGGGAUGUUCGGUAUCAGUGCACCUGUCGCCCUGGCUUCACAGGGGUUAACUGUGAGACUGCCGUGGAUGAGUGUGAGCAGAACCCGGAUGGCUGUCUGUACGACGGCAGGUGUGUCGAUGGCUCCAACUCCUACUCCUGCUCGUGCAAACCCGGCUUCGGAGACGACCACUGUCAGAAUGAGGCGAUCUUGUGUACAGCGGGACGCUGCAGCAACGGUAUCUGUAUCAGCAAUUACGACAACGUCACCGCUGACUGCGUCUGCGAGAAACCCUUUGUGAAAGAUUCCAAUGGCGAGUGUACCAGGAUCAACUUCUGUUCCCCAUCCCCCUGCACCACCAACAACACUGAACGCUGUGACAGUCUGACAGACGGCUACCGCUGUGUGUGCAAGUCCGGCUACGAGGGAUCACUGUGUCAGCACAACAUCGACGACUGUGCCAGUAGCCCGUGUGUGCAUGGAACCUGUACAGACAAACUGACCACGUUCUCCUGCCAGUGUGACUCAGGCUGGACAGGUCCUACAUGUACUUCUGACAUCGUGGACUGCAAUAACCAAUGUCCCCCGGAAAAGAGAGAACGAUGCGUGGAUCUGAACCAGGACUACAGGUGUGAGUGUAAGCCAGGAUACACAGGUAAAAACUGCACAGAGCUGAUCAACGAGUGCGACUCCCUGCCCUGCAUGCAUGGUGGCACCUGUGUCGACCAACUGGCUGACUACUCGUGUAACUGUACACCUGGCUGGGAGGGCAAGAACUGCCAGAAUAUUAGCAACACGUGUACCGGCAUCUCGUGUCAGAAUGAUGCCACCUGCUACCCUGUGUUUCAAGACUACUUCUGCAGCUGCCAGAAGGGGACCCAGGGGCGUCUGUGUGAAUCGUCCCCGAAGGUGUGUGAUCUUGUCAUGCCAUGUACCACCCAGGGUACAUGCCAGCAGUCGGGCGGGUCAGCAACGUGCAACUGUCAAUCAUUGUACAGUGGGGUGUCCUGUGAGCUGAUCAAGGAUGGUUGUUCCGACAAUUUGUGUAGCAAUGGUGGCAAAUGUUCUCUCGUCCAGCCAAGAGGUCACAGUUGUGCCUGCCCAGAAGGAUUCAGCGGUGAUAAUUGCGAGACAAGGGACGAUAUUUGCAGUGGCAAGUGUCCAUCUGGUACUACCUGCGUAAAAGAGGGACGCAAGACGUUCUGCCUGUGUCCGCCUCCCAAGAUUCCCGCUGGAUCAACAUGUAAAGACACAUCUCCUGACUUUGACCUGUACCUGGACAACCGUUUUGGGUCCAUGGCCGUCAAGUCGUACAGCCCGUUCCAGCUAUCAGGCGACCUGUCCAUCAUGUUCUGGAUUGGCUACCUCAACUCCGGCAGAUCGGUCGUAAUAUCUAACCUUGACGGCAGUGAAAAGUAUUUCGAGCUGUUCCAAGACCGUAUCCAGUUUUCUGCCGCUGGACAGGUGGUCAAUAAGACGCUAGACAAAGCAGAUCUGGAGACAGUCAAGGGUCAAUGGGAUCACGUGGCAGCCACGUGGACAAGAAACGGGUCAAUCAGUGUGUAUGUUAACGGAAUAAAAGUCACAUCAGGAGAUAUUAACGUCAAUCUCACGGACAGCAACAGCCUGAAGAUUGUCUGGUUCGACCCCAACUUCAAAGGUUACAUCUCCCGCCUUACUGUGUGGAGAAGCAUCCUAACCCACAGUGAUGUGUCCAGUGUUUUGGGGAACUUGAACUACCAACCUACUGGUGACCUUGCCCUUGGCUGGAACCUCUACAAGAUGGCGGGAGGAAGUAGAACGUACUCCCCGAGCAAGGCAGGUCCCGGUGUUACACUGUGCGAGUCGGGACGUGUCAUGGCAGAAAAUUGCACUGGACAGCCAGACAAGACGAAGCCAAUUCUGAAUAACUGUCCUGCCAGUGACAUCUUGUAUAACGUGAGCACUCGCGUGGUGGAGGCAAUUGCCGUCUACACAACGCCAUCUACAGACGGUAACGCCACAGUAUCAAGCACAUUCACAGAUGAACUCAUGAUGCGAGGCAGGUAUGACGUGGUGUAUGCUACCAAGGACAGCCAAGGAAAUCCUGGACUGUGCAGAUUCAAGGUCUACAUUAGAGGAUCAAGCACGUGCAGCACAGAGGGCUUCUCGGCUUCCACACCUUGUGGAACGACAGCUUUUCGUGACUUCUGCCCCGCGGGCCAAGCCCCUUCCGUCCCAACGCCAAAUAUUCUUCGUUGUGGCAAACUUGGGUCAUAUAACCUCGAGAACCCGUUGGCAUUGUACACACCGCCUGCUUGUGGAGCAACAUCUAUGCAAAAGUAUUCAGUGGAGUUCAGCCUCAUCUACCAGAUGACAUUAACCUGUUCCAACUUCCUGAAGGACGGCUUGUUGAGGGAGUUGAGGAGCAAGUUUGUGAAUACCCUCUCUGUGCGGUGGCCGGGGCUGUGUGUUGAUGCCUGCACAAACUUGGUUGCUACAGGACGUUGUGAAGCAACGAAAAUACUUGUCAGUGCCACGUUGACAAAACUGGGAAACGUGAUAGCCAAGCAAGACGGAACCAUAACACUAUCACCGGCCGAAAUCAUCAAGAUUACAGCCAUUGAGAGUAACGAUUUGAGUGAUUCAAAGUUCACGGACAUCGGUCAGAGUGUGCUACAGAAGGACCUGGUGGUUGUUGUCCUCAAGGCAUCCUGUGAUGAAGCAGUCGGUACCAACAACUGUGUUGCCUGUGGUCCUGGGUCCUUCUUCAACUCCUCCCUCGGCAUGUGUGUGCUGUGUCCAGUAGGCUCUUACUCAGACAUGUCGUCACAGACCUCCUGCAAGUCCUGUGGAGUAAAGACCACUCUCCGACCUGGUGCAAAAGCUCUAGCCAGCUGUGUCGACAAAUGUCCGGCUGGUCAGUACUUCCAAGGCAGCAGCUGUAGCCCAUGUCCACGUGACUACUACCAGGAGAAGGAGGGGCAGUCGUUCUGCUACCCAUGUCCUCUACUCAAAAGAACCAGAGUGGUGGGAACAGACAAUGAAACUAAAUGUUUCAAUGGCUGUCCUUCCGGCACUGAGUUGCAGGAUGACGGAUCAUGCAAGGAUUGUGCUCAAGGUUACUUCAGGACGCGCAAUUUACAAGACAACUGUCAGAGAUGUCCGAGAGGACGAACCACUGAAGGAACCAAGACAACCUCGUCGUCCGGCUGUAAUUUACCUGAAUGUCCCCCAGGCAGAUACAUCGACAUCAGCAAAGUAUGUAGGAUAUGUCCGAUAGGGGAGUUCCAGCCGAUGAAAUGGCAGAGAUCUUGCAUUACCUGUAACAACAGCUACACAACUGCAGCUGAAGGAUCUAUAAAUGCUGCUGAUUGUAAAUUCUUUUGUCAAGAAGGACGUGAAGAGUCUCCAGUAGGUUCCAAAACAUGUUCACUUUGUCCAAGAGGCAAAUACAGAGAUAACACUAUGCCUCUGAGAUUCCUACCAUGUCAAGCAUGCGAUACUGGAUUCACCACCCAGACGGAUGGAUCUACAAAUAUAACCGACUGUUCCAUCAGGAUAUGCACAGCAGGAAACUACAGGAACACGACUGACAAUAUGUGCUACCAAUGUCCUAUUGGGGAAUAUCAACCUUUGGAUCUCCAGGAACAGUGUCUAUCAUGCAAUACCAGCUACAGUACCAAGAGCACUGGAACCAUCAACGCCACUGAAUGCAUCUUCUUCUGCCCAGAUGGCAAAGAACAGAAAACACCUGGCACCAAGAACUGUACGCCCUGUUCCCGAGGAACUUACCGCUCCAACACAGACCUACUAAGAUUUAAGACCUGUCAAGCAUGUGCUGAUAGCACAAAAUCAACAGACGACGUUGGCUCUAAAUUUCCAGAGGAUUGUAAAAUUAAGGUAUGCACUGCUGGACAGAAGCUGACAAGUAACAUGUUGGGAUGUGUGGACUGCCCUGUAGACACAUAUCAACCAGAGGAGCUUCCCAGAACCACAACGCAGUGUCUAAACUGCUCCACAAACCAAGGCACAAAGCAGCCCCAAAGUGGAAAUAGUUCCGCCUGUCUUCCAUUCUGUGCUGCGGGCCAGCAGGUCAAUGGCACUCAAUGUGAGCCAUGUCCUAGAGGGACCUGGAACGAUGGAUCAUCCCAGAGGAGGUUUUCGGCCUGUGAGUCGUGUUCUAAUGCUGAUUUUACCACAGAAACAACUGGUGCCACCGAUGCUACACAGUGCACACUAAGAAACUGUCAGCCUGGGUACAAAAUUGGUGGCAGUGCCUGCGAGCCAUGUGGAUAUGGAGAGUAUCAACCACUUCGGGCACAGGUCAAAUGUGAAAGUUGUGGCGUCGAUCUGAAUACGUCUUCAACUGCCUCCACUUCCAGAGCUCAGUGCACAAUUUCUUGUGCUCCUGGAAAACAGGGUCAGAAUAACGUAUGCUCCCCUUGUCCUGAAGACACGUUUAAAGACGAGGCCGGAUUUGCUGUGUGCACCCCAUGUUCAGGCAGCAAGACGUCAGACGCAGCGAGAAUCACCUGUAGUGUCACGUUCUGUGACGUUGGCGUUGGUUAUGACGCGGCUGCGAAGACGUGCACUGUCUGUCCCGAGGGGCUCUACAAGGACACCAGGGGCAAUACUGCCUGCACGCCGUGUCCCAUGAACUACACCACUGCAGGCACCAAUGCCACAGACUCAGCAGACUGUAACAUAUUGAACUGUGAGCCGGGAUUCUUCGCCCAUAAUACAGAGACGUGCACAGCGUGUCCUAAAGGUUACUACAAGGCCAGUGUUGGAACGGAGAACUGCACCAAGUGUGAUGCUGACAAGACCACACAAGCAGAAGCUUCCACAAACCAGAGCGCCUGUUCUCUUGCGGUGUGUCCUGCUGGGCAGUACCGGUCAGCGGACAACACCUGCCAGAUGUGUGCAGUCGGGGAGUACCAGCCGGCGUCAGGGCAGACAAACUGUACAAAAUGUGACACUGGAUUUACCACAAAAGCGACAGGAUCAAAUAUGACAACAGAUUGCUUAAUCGUGUGUUCCGCGGGGAAGUAUCGGAGUUCCCGCACUGUCUGCAGCGUCUGUGACGUAGGAACAUACCAGCCCAACACCGGGGCCGAGUCCUGCAUCAACUGUACCACUGGCUUCAUCACCUCCAACAACGCCUCGACGGCGGAAAGUGACUGUUAUAGGCUGUGUCCGGCUGGUCAGUACCGUCCAGCCAGUGACCGCAGAGCGUGCAAUGAAUGUAUGCUGGGCACCUACCAGCCGUCAAGUGGCAAGACGAGGUGCAUCACCUGCACGCCCGCUGGUUACAUCACAUUACAGAAUGCCUCUACCAAGGCGGACGACUGCAUGCCUUCGUGUGGCGCAGGGAAAUACCUUAAUGUGACGUCACGCUCGUGUAUCCCGUGUCCCCUUGGCACCUUCUUGCCCACAGCAGGAACCACCACUCAGUGUCGCCUGUGCCCCACCGGCAGAACAACGACCUUGACGGGUGCAACUCAAGAAGCCAACUGUGACCUUGUUGACUGUCAGCCAGGUUACUUCAGAAAAGAGAACCAGGGUUGUCAGGCAUGUGGCAAGGGGUUCUACCAGCCGACCAGAGGACAGACAUCUUGUAUAAAGUGUGACGUGAACACGACUACAUUUCUCUCUGUUACUAAUGCCACAGACAAAGCCCAGUGUAUCGCUGACUGCGCUGAGGGAACUGGAUAUAAUCGACUAACAAAAGCAUGUGACUCCUGCCCAAUCGGUCAGAUCCGGAAACCCAACAUCAGCGACUACUGCUACUUCUGUCCUACUGGUCAGACUACGGCAUUUGCAGGAUCAAAGACAUGCUUGGCUUUCCAAGCGACUACACGGGCACCUGUGUUCAGGACAGUGACAGUACGGAUGUCAUUCUUUGUAACGUCAUGCCAGAACCCGACUUUGAUUCAUAACACGAUCACAGCACAGAUCAGGUUCUUAAUCACAAUCCGUGCAAGCGUGUUCCCGGGCCUCUGUCAGGGCAGUUCCUGUGGUAACAUUGCGAUCAUCAUCAUAGUUCCGUGCGGAGGGACCCGCAGGAAGAGGCAAACAGGAGAAACAAUCACUGCUGAAGUAAAAGCGUCAAAUCUCCCAGAGCAAAUACCCAACACAGACAACACUAUUUCAAGAAGUCCUGAAUCGCUGCUGGUGCAGGCUCUGGACGAUAACGCUGCUGCCACCCCGGUCCUGGCUCCGACUGGCAUAACACCCGGUCCGAUCAAUCUUGAAGGUUCAUCGACGUCGUGCGCACCGGGCUCAGUGAUGAAGUCUGGAUCUUGUGAACCCUGCCCAGCAGGCACAAGACACGACGCAUCCACAGACGCCUGCAAGGACUGUGACAUCGGUCAGUACCAGGACCAGACAGGACAAACCUCCUGCAUGGCCUGUGCAGGCAAGCUCUCUACCAGCGCAAAGAAGAGCACCAACGUGUCCUUUUGUGUUUCCAAGUGUAAACUAGAGACCGGAUAUUGUAGAAACAGCGGCAUCUGUAGGGACGGUAGUGAUGGAUCAGUAAGCUGCGACUGCAGUGAAUACUACACCGGUGACACCUGCACUGUCCGGCGAUCUCUUGAGUCAAACCUGCCUUGGGUCAUCAUCGGCGUCUGCAUUGGCAUCUUCGUCCUGCUCGUCGCCGUGCUAGCUAUAGGUUGCUGUUGCUGCCGCAGGCGGUCCAGCAACAGCGUCAGUAAAGACAAGCACUCAAUCAUUGACCAGUCCUCAAACUACCACGACUACAUGAGGUCGCCAUUUGCAGCACCCCAGGGAUACAUGCAGUAUCCCAACCCCGAGUUUAAUGAGGCCUACGACUUCUAUAAUUCAGGGGGCAGAUUUUCAGACCAAUAGAGUGAUUCAACCUCUCUAUACAUAUUUCUUGCUGCAUCAUCCUGCUAUUGUAUUUAAUACAUACGGGUGUAUACAUACGCUAGUGUAAUGUUCGUUUUCAGUUUACUUAUUCUGUAAAUAUAACUGCGAAACCUUGAUUAUGAUGGAAAAUAAAUACACUUUAGAGGCUGAGAGUCACUGCAGGCACUGCGUGUGGCUGUACACAUACGUCCAUCAGUCACUACAUACUGUCAUUGUAGAUAACAUGCAAGUAUAUAUACCCACGAUGCCUCCCAUAUAGCAUUUCUCACGUAUGUUCCAUUUAUAUCCUAUAGAAUAAUCUUGAUACAAAUAGGAUAAUAGCCUGUCUGGCUGGUAUGGCAGCCAUCCCUGUACCGUACGUCCUAUCCUGAAUAUCCAUAGCCGGUUGUCAUUGUAUUCAAUCAAUGACAGUCAUGAGUCUGCCAGCGGUUCAGUAUCCAGAUUUGCAACAGAUUAAACUACAUACAACAAUAUACCAUGCAAUGUAGCCUUUUGACACUUUUAUCCUCUAUUUUUGUAUAUUAUUCAUAAUCCGUAUAUGUUGUUUCUCUUUUUUCUAAGUUUUGCGGAGUUUUAACCUAGCCCUUGAAUCUUCCAACUGGGCAGAUUGUAGUUUCAUUGUGGAAAUGUACAUGUGUUCUCUGCUGUUAAAAAGCCUGCAUAUUUUAUCAAAAGUUAUAAAGAUGAUAUAUAUUUUGUACUGA